CGCACCGACGCGAUAUCGUAAUCAAUAGAGCGUUGAAAAUUCACCAAUUGUUCGGUUUAAUUGGUUGUGAAACUGAAAUAUGUGCUGAGUGAUUCUUGGAUACAUAAAUAAGUUUUUAAAAGUUUUUUAAAUAUUUUACAAAAUGUCCAAUGUGCCGUUAGUUCGUCGUGCUAUUGCUGGUGCAGCUGCCGCAAACAUUACAGCAGCGCCCGAGAAUGCACCCUUGGUAGACAACCUCAACCCUUUGGUAGUUAACCCUACUCAAGAAAACCAAUGGACACCUGCUGCCUUGGAAAGAGCUGGGUCAACAUUGAAAGCUCUAAACAGGAUGGCCAAAAGACCUCCAGUCCACAUUCUCUUUGAGGAAAUCAGCUACACGGUCAGUUCGCACAAAGGAGAUAACACCAUUCUUCACAAUGUAUACGGCGAAUUCAGAUCCGGAGAGCUAACUUGCAUAUUGGGUCCUUCCGGAGCGGGCAAGUCCACGUUGCUCAACAUUCUAGCAGGAUACGUGUCAAACGGUGUCAACGGACGCAUUCUGGUGAAUGGUCAAACACGCGAUAUGCGCGUCUUCAAGAAGCUGAGCAGCUACAUCAUGCAGGACGACCUUGUGCAGCCCAGACUCACCGUCGGCGAGUCCAUGGCGAUCGCUGCUGAUUUAAAGCUUGGAAACGAGCUGGGUAAAGCAGAGAAGGAACUCAUUGUAGAAGAGAUUCUCCAAACGCUCGGGCUGCUGGAGCAUAAAAACACGAGAACGGAGCGCCUCUCCGGUGGUCAAUCCAAGCGGCUCUCAGUCGCUCUCGAGCUGGUCAGCAACCCGCCAGUCAUCUUCCUUGACGAACCCACAACUGGUUUGGACGUGGUCUCCGUCCGGCAGCUGGUGGUCUUGCUCCGUCUGCUUUCGCGCCAGGGCCGCACUAUCGUCUGUACUGUCCACCAGCCUUCUGCCUCACUGUUCGCUCUCUUCGACCGCGUCUACGUGCUGGCCAGGGGAAUGUGCUGCUACCAGGGCGCUGCACCACUACUAGUUCCAUAUCUAACAGAAAUAGGUCACGUGUGUCCUACGACACACAACCCUGCUGAUUUCGUAUUAGAGACACUCCUGGGCGACUCGGAGGCACCAGCCAUGCUCUCUGAGCUUUGUCAGAACGGGCAGCUCUGCAGGAAACUGGAUAGGAUGACUACGAGAGGUGGACGGAAGCCGGUUCUACGAUCGGACGAGUCGAUUCAGCGCAUUUUCGUAGAGCACGUGGCUAAGGAGAACCUGCAGAAAUUGGAAUUCCCCACAACAUUCCUCACGCAAUUCAUCAUUCUUUCCAAACGGAUGUUCGUGCAGAAUAAAAGAAACGAGCUGGCUCUCUGGAUUCAACUAGCCCACCACGUUAUCUCUGCUGUGCUUCUGGGCAGCAUAUUCUUCAACGUCGGCAACGAUGGCAGUAUGCCCAUUGUUAACUUCAAGUUCUGUCUCAGCUGCCUGGUCUUUUUCAUGUAUACUUACAUCAUGGUGCCGAUUUUAUUGUUUCCAAUGGAAGUACGAAUCCUACGCCGAGAAUAUUUUAAUCGCUGGUACAGUUUGAAAGCAUAUUACGCUGCUCUUACAUUCUCUUCGUUGCCUGUUAUGGUAAUCUUCGGCUUGGUGUUCCUAACCAUCUGCUACUUAAUGUCUGGUCAGAUGUUGGAACUAAAUAGAUUCUUGCUAUUCUCCAUCUGUGGAAUUAUGGUGGCUAUCUGCUCUGAAGGUUUGGGACUUGCAGUGGGAUCUGCUUUUAGUUCUACCAACGGUGCGAUAGUGGGCCCCGCGAUAGCAUCGCCUCUACUGGCCCUAUGUUGCUAUGGAAUGGGUUUCGGGAAGUACAUCGAAGCCAGCAUGCGAGCUCUCAUGUCCAUAUCCUAUCUGCGUUAUGGAGUCUCUGGAUUCAGCAUUGCUCUUUACGGCAACCGGCGAGUAAUGGACUGUCCCAUCACAUUUUGCCUAUACGCAGACCCACGCAUGUUACUCCGCGACUUAGGCAUGGAACACGAUACUUACUUUAUGCAGAUUGUGUGCUUACUUGUCUUCACGGCUAUCCAUAGAAUCAUAGCGUAUUGCGCCUUAAGGUAUCGUUUAACUGCAGAGUUUUCAAAUAAGUUCAUGAUUUAUGUUAGCAAGUUCUUGAAGCAUAGAUAGUGAAAUUAAUUUCGUAGAUUUCUUGGAUAUUAACAAUAAUUAUCGGAUUGUGGGUUCAGUAAGAAAAGUUGCAAAGAUUGCCUUUUAAUAAAUAAGUAUUAACAAUUAAAAUUUUCCUUAAUUACUUAAUAUAUUAUUUAACUGUAUGUGCAUUCUCAAGUACACGUAAAGCUUAAGGCGGUUUUGAAUUACACGCUUUAGUAGCGCUGUAGUGGGGCCACUACACUACUUUUCAUACAAUGUUUAGAGGCUCAGUUGCAGCGUCACUGAUGUGCGUGCGCCACGCCUGCACUCAGAAUGAGUGAAUUAAAAAUUACUGAAGUGCUACCAGACGCGCGGUUGCCGUGCCACUGCACCGCUUCUAUAAGCGUGAAAUUUGAAAGCGUCCUAACUGUUCCUCUCUUCAGAAAUGGAAAAGGUAACUUUUUUUAAGAAAGGUAAAAAUUAUUACUGGAGAUUAAAAGAAACAAAUUAGUAUUCAAGCCGCAUUAGCCUAAGUUAGUUUAUUUAUAUUCUUGCCAAUUUUUUGUUUAUGGGUUUAUACAGGUGUAGAGUAGUUAAGUUUGGUAUGUAAGUACAUUAAUUUUCAUAUAAAUUUAUUCAUGAAAUUUUGUCACGUCGGCUGAAUGUAAU